AUGGGUAAUUGUAACAUUACUGACAAAAAAGAGUUUUCAGAAUCAUAAAAUCUUUCUGUCAAUAAUUUUGAGUUUAUAGAGGUUUUAGGAAAAGGAGGAUUUGGAAAAGUGUGGAAAGUGAAGAGAAGAAAAAACAAAAGUUAUUUUGCAUUGAAGAUGAUGUCAAAGGCAAAAAUUAUUGGGAAGAAAAGUGUAACUUCAGUUAUGAAUGAAAGAGCACUUUUGUGUUAACUGAGACAUCCAUCAUUAAUAAACCUGGUUGGUGCAUUUCAAGACAGAGAGAAUUUAUACUUAGUUAUGGAUUUAUUAAGUGGAGGAGAUCUUCGGUAUCAUAUUGGAAAGAAUAAAAAGUUUUCAGAAGCAGAAACUAAAUUUUUUUGUGCUUGCAUCAUAAUUGCCUUAGAGUAUCUCCACUCUUAAGGAAUAAUCCAUCGGGAUUUGAAACCUGAAAAUUUAGUAUUUGAUUCAGAAGGCUAUCUACGAUUGACUGAUUUGGGUAUAGCAAGAAUUUGGAGACCGGAUAAUUCUGCUGAUACCAGUGGAACUCCUGGAUACAUGGCUCCAGAAGUAUUAUGCAGACAGAAUCAUGGAAUUGCAGUGGAUUAUUUCGCAUUGGGAGUAAUUGUUUAUGAAUGCAUGAUGGGAAGAAGACCUUAUGUUGGAAGAAGUAGACAAGAGAUAAGAGACAAUGUGUUGGCUAAACAAGUUUAAAUUAAAAAAAAUGAAGUUCCAACCACAUGGUCUUUAGAAGCAGCAGAUUUCGCGAACUAAUUAAUUCAGAGAAAGCCAGCUCAAAGAUUAGGCUCUGACAAUCCGGAAGCAGUGAAAAAUCAUAAGUGGUUUGAUGGAUUCGAAUGGAAUAAAUUACUUAAUAGAUAAUUAUAGCCUCCUUACUUACCACAUAAUUAUAGCAGCUCAGAUGGGUCGACUAAGGAUACAGAGUAGGAUACUAAAGAAAACAAUAUAAUGCUUAGGCGUAAUUCGAUUCAAGCAUAAUUUGAGGGAUAUAGUCAUGAUCCAAAUGAACUUAUUUCUGCUGAACUAACAAAAUUAUGA